GCCUCGCCAUGGCCUACUACUCGGAAACCUUCGCACACAUCGACCCGAUCCCGUUCGCCGGCGUCUCCUCGUCGUAUGCCCUCGACGACGUCGACGUCUUCCAUCUCCUCUCGGACGAGCACCCGCUCCUCAAGCUGGAAGAGCUCGCAGGACCCAUCUUUUAUGACGACUCGCUGCUUGGACCGCUCGCGUAUGCGCCACCGCCGCCGCCAACGAACUGGGCACUCACCUUUGAGGCCCCCGGGCCGUCCAAAGCACCGUCCAUGGCGUACCGAAAGCCGUGUUCGGUCGACGGCUGCCACCGCGUUGUGCGGUCGCGUGGCUUUUGCAAGCGCCAUGGCGGCGGUCGCCAGUGCGUCAUUGAGACGUGCUCGAAAGAAGCUCAGAACGGCGACUACUGCGUCGGCCACGGUGGCGGCAAGUCGUGCAAGGUUGAUGCUUGUACCAAUGCCGCGCAGUCCCAGGGCCUCUGCAAGGCGCACGGCGGCGGCGCCCGUUGCAAGUUCAACGGCUGCGACAAGUGUAGCCAAGGCGGUGGCUACUGCCGUUCCCACGGCGGCGGCAAGCGCUGCCUCGAGCCUGGCUGCACCAAGGGCGCCCAGCGCGGCAACAAGUGCGCGAAACACGGCGGCUGCCGGACGUGCACGGUCGACGACUGCGUGCGCACGGACCGCGGUGGCGGUCUCUGCGAGAUCCACCGCAAGGACAAGAUGUGUACCGUCAGUGGUUGCAAGCGCCUCGGCAAGACCAUGGGCAUGUGUACGCCGCAUGUUCGCGAGCUCCGGAGCUCUGGCUCGCCAUAGAUUCAUCCAGAGCUAGAGCUAUUUAUUGUAACAUUCGCACAGUGUAUUCUAUCUUCAU